UUUAGACAUAGGAAUCUACAAGAAAAUUCAGUUUCACGCGGUCCCCAAUGGGGAAGGCACGUACGGGGAUGAUAGCGUGGAAGGAAAUUGCGUUUAUAUUUGCCUACAUGGUUUGAGAGAUUUUGUCUGUCGAAUUUUAUGGAUUUGCCAUAUUAUUCUCGAUGUCGUGUCUAAAGAAUUUGUUUGUACUCACUAUGAUUUCAUUUUGUCUCGGUGUUUCUACGCUGGGAGUCACGCUUAGCAAGCCGGUUUUCGACUCUAUUGGACCUUUUCCUGCGUGAUCAAUUGGAUACAAUGUGUGCAGCCGAAACUCCGUGUCCAGAUGGCAGAGUGUGCCCUCCACUCUGGUAUUGCUGCGAAGACGACUGUUGUGCGCCCACUUCUGAAAACCCACCUUACAUACAAGGCGAUCCUUUGAAAGAGAUUUUUUCAAAGACCUGGUAUGCACAGUGGCAAAUCCUAUUUCUGCUGGGUACACUAGCCGGAAUACUUCUGUGUUGCAUAUGGUGUCUCAUAUACCGGCGUCCAGGUGGCAUCUACAUGUGUUCUUUCGCCUGCUGCGUACCACGGAACAGAUCAGACCAAGACUCGGCAGGUUCAGUGUACCCUCCGCCUCGGUACAGUCGCUGUGGGUCGAUACACCAGGCCCCACCGCCAUAUUCUGAAGUCACUUCGAAACCAGACCUCUAUCCGCUUGUCAUCACAUGUGGAGAAGGUGAUGGUAAAGCUGGAGGAAGUUACCUAAUGGUCCAUUAUUUUAGGAAUUAUGUCAUACGUGCUCCUGGUUCGCUCUCAGCAACAAGUACAGCAGAUUCUCUAAAUUCAAGUUUUAUAUGCAAUGCGGCAAAUGAGACAAACUCUGUCAUACCACCUCCCUAUUCUUGUGCCAGCAACUAUGGGUGCGGACGUUCAGUCUUGCGGUCUCUAUCUUCGCUGACUGAGCCACGCAACGCGCGGCGUGAGCAAACUUUUCAAGAAAGUCUCAUUACUUCACCGGACCCAAACUACGACUUGGACAUGGAGCUCAUCGACUGUGACAUGUAUUGUGAUGGAGGCUGCAAACCGCGUCUUGGCUCUUCACCGCCGCCGCGUCGUAGUUCUCCAAAUGCCGACGACUCUUAUUGUGAACGCGCUGCAUACAUGCGCCAUCUCUUUCUUAACUCCCCCGAUACACCCGGAGGAUGUGAAUCACCCCCUCAACCCACUAGCCCAACGCAAUCCAGAGAGUCCACCCUUCGGAGACAAAUUGAUGAAAGAUGCCAAAGACGUCAUGAUUUAUUCAGGAAAACUGCAAAAUCAAGAAAAUCGAGCUUAUAUAUCCCUUUAUCUAAAAUUCCACCGGGCACAAGGAAGUUGUUGACCAGAUCUGCCCCGGCUACACCGAGUGGAGCUCUAGUGCCUAAUUUACUGAAUUUUACACAACGUGUCUCAGCGUCAAGGCACAGCUCGAAAUCGUCGAGGCUGGAGGAAGAAAAUGAUCCUUUACUAGCUGACGUAGAGCCUGCGCAGACGGAUCAUAAGUUUUAGUAAGGCCAAACCAAAAAAUGUCGAACGCCAAGUAAAAAAACUGCAAUUAUUUUGAAAUAGAUGUUAACUUUAUGACUGUACCCAACGACUUCAUGGCCUAUUCAAAAAAUCCCCCAGCUAUUGAUAUGACGAUCUGCAAAUUAAUGUUGUGAUUGUUUAGUAAGUGCUCACUUCGCGAAUGAUCGCGAUGUAGUUAGUUAAAUGUUAUUCAAUUAUAUUGUUUAGAUUUAAGGAAAUGAGCGUGUUGAACCAUUGUUCACUUGCUCACUUUUAUUAUAAUAAAGUCAAUUUGUGCUGCUUUUGUAUGUUUUAUUAGACAAAAAUCUCAUAAUAAUUAAUGAAUAAUAAUUAAUAAAAAAAAAUGUGUAAAUAAAUGUUUUUUUCAACUUAAUUUUAUUUUUAAAUAUUUUAGUUAUACUGGUUCUUUUUUUAUUGGUUAGUUAUUAAAACACACAGAAUCAAUCUUUACAAGCAGCGUGGUGAAGCGGUGAAGCCGGUGAAACCCAUGAAAAAAAUACGUCACGCGUCUCCUUGACAUCUGCAUAUACAAACUUUUUUCCUAAUAUGUAUUU